UGCAUCUAUCUCCUGAAGCCAAAUGGAGUACAGAUCUGAGCUGCCUGUAAGCUGGAUCAUCACUCGUAGCUGAUUUUUUUUUUAAACCCUGUCUUUCUCCGUCUUUUGUGUUUUUGUUACGUUAUCACGAAUGCUCUGAAAGCAUCAUCCAAACUCUCUUUGAUAGAGGAUCCUAAGUGCUUGAUUUUCCUAUGCUACGGAGAGAGCAAGAGAAAGAAAGAGUGGAAAAACUACAAAAAUAAAUUGAGCGCAUUGGAUAAUGCCAGCGCAGAAGAUGGAGUGGGAACUGUUAGUAUUAGUUGCAUGUGAAGUCAGUGAAGAGAUAUUCACAAACCAAGAGGUUCAGGACCGAUUCGAAGCCCUUUUCCGCUUCUAUGAUGAACAUGCCACAUUCCAAUUAUUCCAGAGCUUUCAGAGAGUGCAGAUAAACUUCAGCAACCGCGAGGCAGCUGCACAAGCACGAAUAGAACUACAUGAAUCGGACUUCAAUGGCACCAAGCUGAAACUUUAUUUUGCACAGGUCCAGAGCACCCAAGAUCAGGCCAAGAAUGCGUACCUGGCCCCGCCUCCACCUGUGAAACAGUUCCUCAUCUCCCCUCCAGCCUCUCCGCCAGUGGGGUGGCAUCCAAUUGAAGAUGCGACUCCAACCAUUAACUACGACCUGCUGCGCGCAAUUGCUACACUCGGGCCAGGUGAAAAGUACGAGGUCCACGCCGGGACAGAGUGCACUCCGAGUGUUGUCGUCCAUAUCUGUGAGAGUGAAAACGAAGAGGAAGGUGCAGUUAAGCCGCCAAAACAGAAAAUAGUUCAGACCAGGCGACCAGAUAGUGUCCCAGCAGGGAAGAAAUGAAAGCCCUGACUGCCCGUCGCCUGUGACCAGAUCAUUUGCUGCAGCAACAACUUCAUCAGCUGUCUCUUGUUUUCUUGAGGACUGUUUUUAAAAAAAAUAGUUGAAACUUGGGUGACUGCCUGAUUAAAGAACAUCAGUAAGGACUCCUUCAUUUGUGGUGUUGAAGCUUUAUUUCAUUUCCAUGCAGAAUAUUGAAGCUUCAUCAGUAUAAGUUGGCUGAUAGAGGAAUGAAAAUGGUGUGUACAUUGCUCCCCCCUCCUUCAAAAAGCUUCAAAUCCAUAAUGCUGUUUAUUCAGCUUCAGUGCUUAAACAGAGCUGAACUUCAGUACUUCCCAGAUGUGGGGUAUGUAAAUAUUGCUAUUGUCUCCUACUGAAGUAUUGUUAUCACUGUUCUUGUAUGUGCAUGUGUGAUUUUGUAUGUUAUUUUGAACAAAUAUUGACCACAUAAAAGGGAAGUAAAUACUCUGCCAUCUGUGUUCUUCUAAAACUUCUUGCUAAUUACAUCGUGAGUGAUUGGGAUGACAGAUACGAGGCAUUCUUCUUCGCCCACAUCUUCCCCUGCUGUGUCUCCCCCAUUCUCUCUGCUCUCCUCGCCCACUCCACAACACUGCAGAGGUGAAAUAUAUAAUAUUGCUUGCUUUUGAAGUGGAGAAGUUAUAAACUUUGUGCCGUUUGUGUUUGCAUGUCUUCUGUCUUUGUCCUCUCUAAGGUCAGUUUACUGACUGAAGCAAAAACCAAAAAAAAAGGUACGGGAAAGGCAUGUCUGUGAGCACUUCAAACUUUAUUUACAAGUUGAACCUACACAACGUUUCUCUGUUAAAAAGAUAAUUGUAAUUCCUAUCCAUGCAAAAUCAUAGCAAUUUAACAUGAAUGACUUUGACGAGAGGUGGCAUGCUGAAACGUGUCCUACCAAUUUUUACAAUUGUCAAAGGUAACUCAAGUGUUGCCCGAGAAAUUACAAGUUCACAUUAAAUUUUCAGAGCUAACGAACAGAUUUUGUUGAUAAUGAAUUACUUGCCACAAUGUCACUUACUUUAAUAAUAAAUAAACUUAGAGAAGAAUAUGUUCAAAUUUCAAAAAGUUCGAAGUAAAUUUAUUACCAAAACACGUACAGUAUGUGCUGACUGGUGGUGUAGUGGCAUCCGCACCGGACUUUGAAGGGAGUGGUCCCGGGUUCGAAUCCAGCCGGCUCCUUGCAUGCUUACCAUCCGUGCUGGGUUGAACAUCGAGCUAGCAACACAGCCUCGUAAAAAAAGCACAGCUAAAGGAAGAGCAAUAUUGACACCCGAUGUGCCACAAGCCGUGGAGAGGAACUAACUAAUAUACAUUAUAUGUCACCAUAUACAACCCUGAGAUUUGUUUUCUAGUGAACAUUCACAGAGAGCUUGGCCUGGGUGGUAGGGUCCUUGAUGGAUGCUGCUUUCCUGCAACAGAUUUGCUGUUGAGUAACUUCUAGUAAAAAAAACAUAGACAUUAUUGCAUUAGAGACAAUGAACUGUUCCAAAAAUUGCAACUAAAUAACAUACAUAACAGUACAGAACUUAAUGCUGAAAUUUACUAAAUUUAUGUAAUUUGAACAUUAAGGAAAUGAAUUAAUUUCUCAAAAAUGAUCAAGAGUUACGUUUACACUGCACUUUGAAUAUUUAUUAAUUUAGUUCUGAUAGUGUCUCUAUGUUUUUUUCUGAAUGAUUAAGUUAACUGCUUAUUAAUUAACCAUGCUUUCCAGUUGGGUUAUUCCUAUAACAGAUUUAUGCCUUAGAAAUAAUUGCAAAAGAUUUGUAAACCUUGAUUCUAAGUAUGUUUAGACACGACAUCAUAUUCCAAACCAAGAUUUCUGUCGAUAAUGAGCUAACCUUUAAAUACAGAGUCUUAAAUCAAAGUUCAAAGUAAAUUUUGUUAUCAGAGUACAUAUAUGUCACGACAUACUACCCUGAGAUUCAUUUUCCUGUGGGCAUACUCAGCAAAUUUAUAGACCCUGCAACUAUAACAGGAUCAAUGAAAGAUCAACCAGAGUGCAGAAUAUGACAAUCUGUGCAAAAGCAAAUAUAAAUAAAUAGCAAUAAGUAACAAGGACAUGAAAUUAUCAGGUAAAGAGCCCUUAAAGUGAGAUCAUUGGUUGUGGGUACAUCUCAAUGGAUGGCAAGUGAGUGUAGUUAUCCCCUUUUGUUCAAGAGCCUGAUGGUUGAGGGGUAGUAACUGUUCUUGAACCUGGUGGUGUGAGGCCUGAGCCUCUUGUACCUUCUACCUGAUAGCAACAGUGAGAAAGGCUCGUGGCCACUACUGUCAGUAGAAGGUACAAGAACGUCACCUCUGACCUUUAAAUUAUUAUCAAGGUUUGAGGUUUUAACAAACACAUUAAAUGAGUAAUUCUUUUGAUGGCCAGAUUGCACAAGGCAAUGCAACCAUAAAUUUCAUUCCCUUUAUGCGGAGUCGAAUUUGUUUGUCACAAUUCCUGUAUUAUUCCACAGUAAGACUACUAUUUGCACUAAGCAGAAGAAGAAAGCACCACAUUCUCCUACAUUCCUAUAUCUUGGGGAAAACUUACAUUGCAUUCCUAUCCAAACUGAUUUAAUCAUCAAGAAAAUUGGCAGAGCCUGAUCAGAUGCCUACAUGUAAAGGGGCCUUCAUUGCAAAGCAAGCUGUGAUAAUCUGAUUUGCUAAUAUUCAGCAAAUCUACAGAACAGGAUCUCUAAACAAGAUCAAUGAACAACGAACUGUGCAAAUGCAAAUAUAAAUAAAUAGCAACAAAUAACAAGAUGAUAGAGUCCUUAAAAUGAGAUCAUUGGUUGUCGGAACACCAGAAAUAGAUUUUGAGUGUAGUUAUCCUUUUUUGUUGAACAGCCUGAUGGUUGAGGGGUAAUAACAGUUCUUCAACCUGGUGGUGCGAGUCCUGAGGAGUUUGUACCUUCUACCUGAUGGCAGCAGCGAGAAAAGAGCAUGGCCUGGGUGGUGAGGAUCUUUGAUGAUGGAUGCUGCUUUUCUACGGCAACGUUUCAUGUAGAUGUGCCCAAAAGUUAGGAGGGGUCUUACCUGUGAAGUGCUGGACUGUAUCUACUAGUUUUUGUAGGAUUUUCCACUCAAAGGCAUUGGUGUUCCCAUACGGGGCUGUAAUGCAGCCAGUCAAUACACUUUCCACCCCUCACCUAUAGAAGUUUGCCAAAGUUUUCGAUGACAUGCCAAACCUCUGCAAACUCCUAAGGAAGUAGAGGUGCUGUCGUGCUUUCUUUGCAAAAAUAGUAAUUGGAAGAAAUCAAUAGUAAUAGUAAUUGGGAGAAAAAUUAACACGAGCUAAUAAAUGUCAAUUGAAUAUUAGUGUAUUUUGUCUUUCUCGGUUGCUUCUUGCAGAAAAAUGUGUUUGUCAAAAACAUUUGAAUCAGUACAUUCCACUACCUUAACUUGCCUCAUGGUACAUGACAGAGAUGACAAUGCUACAAUAAUGUAACAGUUCCUUUAUCAUAAAGCAACAUAAAGAAAUAAAAGUUUUAAUCAAUUUAACCCCACUCUUCCAAAGAGUCCCAAGAAUGACAGACUACUCAGCAAAACUAAGAGUGCCACAGAGCACAACAUAAGGAAUACUCCUGCUGAGCACAAUGAUACAGAAUCAGGGACACAUAAAGAUUAUCGUUCUAAUAUUCCUGCGUUUUAUCUGCUUUUGCUUGUACAAGCAACAGUAACCAACCGAUAUAUCACAAUAAAACUACCUCAGAUAUAAUCUUCUUGUUGCUAGGUCCCCUAGGCUUUCAGGUGCCUAUUAUAGCCAUUUACUGAUUUCUAAAGUAGGAGAGUUCAGAUAUUUUUCUUUUAAACUGCUGUGGUCCAGUUUGUCUUCAGUCACGCAAAUUUCCAACUGAUAGCAGAAAGGAGGAGAAUAUGUUAUUCUUUAAGUUUGGGGCAAUACUACUAGACAGAGGAUUUUUUAGAAUGGGAAUUGUCAAAAUCAUCAGGCAACAAUUUAGGGAUACAUUGGAAUCCAUGAUUUUUCUUAAGUAGCCAUUCUGUGCAAAAUGCAGCAAUAGACGUUUCAUAAACAGGAGAAAAUCUGCCGAUGCUGGAGAUCCAAAGCAACACACACAAAAUGCUGGAGGAACU